AUGCUCCUAAGAACAAACAUCGGAAACGCGAGACUUGUUGGCCUCGAGACAGAUCUGAAUAUGACAGGCGACCAGUACAACCUCUCGCUCACGAUCUUCUUUGUCUCAUAUUCAGUCUUCGAGCCUCUCACCAACGUCCUCCUCAAAAAGAUGCGUCCUAGUAUCUUUGUUCCACUCAUUAUGAUGGCAUGGGGCCUUUGCAUGACAUUUAUGGGCUUUGUCCACAACUACUCCGGACUACUAGCGGUACGGUUCUUCCUCGGUCUCUCCGAGGCUGGCCUAUUCCCGGGGGUAGGCUACUUACUCUCUUGUUGGUACAAGCGAUCCGAAUUCGGUCUCCGAAUGGCGAUUUUCUUUUCAGCAGCCGCCCUAGCGGGUUCCUUUGGUGGUUUACUCGCAGCAGCUAUCGGUAAGAUGGACGGUAUUGGUGGAAAAGCGGGAUGGUCGUGGAUCUUCAUUCUCGAGGGUUUACUCACGUUUGUGAUCGGCAUUGCAUCGUUCUGGUGUGUUCACGAUUUCCCCGACCAGGCUCACUUUUUAUCCGAUAUCGACCGAAAGCGUGUGCUGAGGAGGCUAGCACUAGAUCAACAGGCUAGUGCUAAGCACGAGGAGUUUAAAAUAGGUUAUCUCUGGGCGAGUCUCAAGGACUGGAAGACCUAUUCUGCGUGCCUUACGUAUAUGGGCGCUUCUGGUUCAGUCUAUGCUUUCUCGCUUUUCGUUCCCACUAUUAUCUCUGAAUUAGUGAGCUAUAGCUCUAUUCGUGCACAACUGAUGAGUGUCCCUCCCUAUGCCGCGGCCGCGGUUAUGACCGUGUCCGUUGGAUUUAUUGCAGACCGCACACGGCAACGUGGUCUUUGUAAUAUGGCAGUCUCGCUUUUCUGUAUAGCGGGCUUUGCCAUAAUAAUCGGGUGCAAGUCUCCCGGCGCAAAAUACGCAGGUGUCUUCCUUGGAGCCAUGGGUAUUUACCCAGCGAUUGCGAACACAAUUUCUUGGACUAGUAAUAACACCGAAGGCGUAUAUAAAAGAGGCAUCACACUCGGGCUCGUGAUCGGCUGGGGAAAUGUCAACGGCAUCGUUGCGUCCAAUAUCUAUCGGAAACAGGACAAACCACACUACUAUCCCGGCCACGGGGUAGUGCUUGGCUACUUGACUCUGUUUCAAUUUGGCGGAUCCGUGAUGCAGUAUUUCCUGCUACGUCGCGAGAACGACAAGCGCAGACGUGGGGAGCGCGACCAUGUGAUCGAGGGCAUGGAUCAAAGUCAAAUCGACAUGUUGGGUGAUAAAAGACCGGACUUUAUUUACACGCUGUGA